GGCAUUCAACUCAAAAUGUGCACUUGCCCGGAACAAUGGAAGAACGACGAGGAAAUAAUCAUUUUCCAGGAGUAUUUGCGCAUUCCCUCGGUGCAUCCAGAUGUGGACUACACUGCAUGCGUGGAGUUCCUAAAACGCCAGGCUAGCAACCUUAAUCUCCCCGUGGACGUGGUGCAUCCUGUUGUGCCUUCGAAACCAGUGGUGAUUAUGAAGUGGCUGGGCAAGCAUCCCGAGCUGAAAUCCAUUAUAUUGAACUCGCACAUGGACGUGGUGCCCGUGUUUCCCGAAAAGUGGACCCAUGAGCCGUUUGGUGCCCACAUAGACGCCCAAGGCCGGAUUUAUGCACGCGGUUCCCAGGACAUGAAGUCCGUGGGAUGUCAGUACAUGGCUGCAGUCCGGGCACUCAAAGCCAGUGGCUAUCAGCCAAAAAGGACCAUAUAUUUGACUUUUGUGCCCGACGAGGAAACUGGCGGACACAUGGGCAUGGCUGAAUUCGUGAAAGGUGAUUACUUCAAAGCCAUGAAUGUGGGCUUUAGCCUGGACGAGGGCAUCGCCAGUGAAGAUGACACUUAUCCAGUAUUUUACGCCGAGCGUACAUUGUGGCAACUUCGAUUUAAAUUCAGUGGCACUUCGGGUCAUGGAUCGCUGCUGCACAAAAGCACGGCUGGCGAAAAGUUUCACCAUGUGAUGGAUAAGCUGAUGAAGUUCCGAGAAACCCAGGUCAAGCUACUGGCCGAGGACUCCUCCUUGCAGUCCGGUGAUGUGACCACUUUGAACCUGACCCAACUCAACGGUGGCGUCCAAAGCAAUGUGGUUCCGCCCGUACUAGAAGCCACUUUCGAUAUUCGCAUAGCCAUCAACCAGAAUGCCGAUGCAAUGGAGCACCAGAUUCGUGAGUGGUGCAACGAAGUCGGUGGUGGAGUGGAACUGGAUUUCACGCUGAAGUGCCCCUCGGUGGUGACCAAGAUAGACGACUCCAAUCCCUACUGGCUGGGCUUCAAAAAGGGACUGGAGGAACUAGGUUUGCGCACUCAUACACGAGUUUUCCCCGGCGCCACCGAUAGCUUCUACGUCCGGCAGGUGGGGAUUCCCGCUCUGGGAUUUUCACCCAUCAACAACACACCGGUGCUGCUGCACAAUCAUGAUGAAUAUUUGGGCGCCGACACCUAUCUGCACGGAAUUCAGGUGUACAGGAAGCUCAUCCCCUCUAUUGCUGAUUCAUAAAAUGAGGCGAAGUUCCACUCAUAAAUGGAAAUCAAUAUGCUACAAUUGGUCUUAUCGCUUAUGAGUAAUGUUUUUGGCUCGAUGAGUGUGACUACUUCAAAUCAUAUCUAAUUCUAAACAAACGAAAAUCACACACUGAUAACAGGAAUUUCAGACGAGAAUGUUUUUGUCAUGGACUUUGCCCUCAUGCAAUAUCCAAUAAAUCGUCACAACUAUUGAUAUCGUUCUCUAAAACUAAAAUUCACGUAAAGGGGUUGUAUUUUAAAUAUACACCAUAAUUAGAAAUAAUUACAUUAAUAUGUACUCUAUUUUCUUAUCUAACCAAAUACAAAUUAUAAUAACCUA